UGUCUAUCUCGGAUAGAAAAGUAGAUAUGAACAUUUCCGUAGUACUGUACAACAGAUUCUAGGACAAAUUGGUUCUUAUAACGUGGAGCUCAAUAGGUUCUUGUAUAUGCUAACUUUAGUUAACUUCAGCAUUUAACCGCAUGGUGCAGCACCUGUUCUGUGAAACAACUAGAACUACGGGCGUAAGUAGUCCCAUUUCCUCGCUACUGUCAGCUACUUGGUUUAUGUUUUUAUCUGUCAUAAACAUAUUUGUAAAGUAUCGUGAUUGUAAUUAAUAAUUAAAAUUAUUCAUUAUGCCAAUUUUGGAUAAACGUAAAGGAGAUGAUAUCUUAGCAUUAGUUCCUGCCUCAAAACGUACCAAAAAUGAGGUAGUCUUUAGUAGUAGAGAAAAAGCAGUUGUACAAAAUGGUCCACCUAGAACAUCUUCUCUAUUUGCACCUAUUAUGCUCCUUGAAGGACAUCAAGGAGAUAUAUUUUCUCUUGAAUUUCAUCCAGAGGGUCAAUAUCUUGCUUCUACAGGCUUUGAUAGACAAAUUUUUAUUUGGAAUGUCUAUGGAGAAUGUGAAAAUAUUUCUGUAUUAACUGGACAUAGUGGAGCGAUUAUGGAAUUACACUUUAGUCCUGAUGGCAAUCAUUUAUAUACAGCUAGUACAGACAUGACAUUAGGUUUAUGGGACAUAGCUGCUGGAACUAGAAUAAAAAAACUCAAAGGUCAUACUUCCUUUGUAAACUCUGUGUCUGGAGCAAGGAGAGGCCUUACACAACUUUGUUCAGGUAGCGAUGAUAGCACAAUACGUGUUUGGGAUCCCAGAAAAAGAGGACAAUGUUAUACUCUAAAUAAUACAUAUCAAGUUACUGCUGUAACAUUUAAUGAUACAGCAGAACAAGUAAUAAGUGGAGGAAUAGAUAAUGAUAUAAAAGUAUGGGAUUUAAGAAAAAAUUCUAUUCUUUAUAAACUAAAAGGACAUUCUGAUACUAUAACUGGAUUAAGUCUUAGUCCAGAUGGUUCUUAUAUAUUAUCAAAUGCUGUGGAUAACACAUUAAGAAUUUGGGAUGUAAGACCAUUUGCUCCUUAUGAACGUUGUGUAAAAAUUAUUUCUGGACAUCAGCAUAAUUUUGAAAAGAAUCUUCUGAGAUGUGCAUGGUCUCCAGAUGGUAGUAAAGUAUCAGCUGGAUCAUCAGAUAGAUUUCAUUAUAUUUGGGAUACUACAAGUCGUAGGAUAUUAUACAAAUUACCUGGUCAUAAUGGUUCUGUCAAUGAUAUUGAUUUUCAUCCGAAAGAACCAAUUGUUUGCUCUGGGUCCAGUGAUAAACAGAUAUAUCUGGGAGAAAUUGAAACUGCACAAUAAGGAAAUUAAAAUUGAUUUUCACUUAAUCUUUAAAUUUAGAUAUCUAUAUAAAAUAAAAUGUAUAAUAAUAUUA